UCCUUCGGGAUCCGUUUUCAGAGAAUGGCUGUGGGAUGACCUCGAAAUACCUGAAUGAUGAAGAUGAACGCUCUCUAGACACGGACCGAAAGUUCGGUCCGCCCGGCAGUCCUUCGUCUUCAGUAGAGCUUGGUAUGAUACCAAAGGACAGUAUAUCUUCGAGACGUACCUGACUUUCGCACUCACCCAAACAUGUCUUCAUCCGAAAAGCCUCUCGGUGGUCGUGUUGCUAUUGUUGGUACUGGUAGCAGGGCUUCGAUGUUCGUCCGCGGGAUAGUGGAGCGACCAAAUAGCCAAGUCGUAGCCAUCUGCGAACCCAAUGCCGUUCGCGCAGCGUACUACAACAAUCUGCUUCAGGAGCUUGGUGCUCCCACAGUUCCCAUAUAUAAACCUAAUGGAUUCGAGGAGAUGUUGGAGAAGGAGAAAGUCGAGACCCUUGUUGUGACUUGUAUCGACGCUCUCCAUGAUCUAUAUAUCAUUCCUGCUCUGGAAGCAGGAGUGAGAGUCCUGACCGAGAAACCUAUGACCACCGAUAUUGAGAAAUGUCGCCGAAUUCUAGAGACUGUCGAGAGGACAGGGCAGCACCUUACGGUCACCUUCAACUAUCGUUACAACCCUGUCCACGAACUCGUCAAGAGGACACUCGCUGAAGGCAAGAUCGGUGAAGUUCUCUCUGUUCACUUUGAAUGGCUUCUCGACACCGUUCACGGCGCCGACUACUUUCGUCGCUGGCACCGUCAGAAGACCAACUCAGGCGGCCUAAUGGUCCAUAAGUCGGGCCAUCACUUUGACCUCGUGAACUGGUGGCUAAAUGCUGAACCGGUUACUGUCGCUGGCAUGGGAAGAUUGGCGUUUUAUGGUGAGGAGAACGGUAAGCGGCACGGAUGGGCAAGAAACUACGAACGUGCAAGGGGUUCUGCAGAGGCGAAGGACGACCCCUUUGCCUUGGACUUGGAGGCAGACGAGACAUUGAAAAGCAUUUAUGCUGAUGCAGAAAAGGAGGAUGGGUAUCAUCGAGAUGAAAAUGUAUUCGCGCCAGGUAUCGGGAUUGAAGACGAUAUGGGCCUAUUAGUUCGCUACAAUACUGGUGCUACCAUGUCUUACCAUUUAACCGCGUAUUCGCCGUGGGAGGGCUACCAUGUCAUGUUCAACGGGUCUCUUGGCCGUCUCGAACUUGAAGUUGUCGAGUCGCAAUACCGCGAACUCACGGAUCCUCAACUCACCGGUGGUCAGAUCCAUGGCAAAGCUGCGCUCCCUAACCCUGGUGAAGCAACCGUCAAGCUACACAACCUUUGGCAGAAACCCGAGUACUUACCUAUCAAGAUGGAGCAUGGCGAGCAUGGUGGAGGUGAUCGUCGUAUGUUGAGUGUCUUGUUCGGUCCUCUUCCCGGGGAAGAAGUUGAUACCGGUGACGCGUCGAAGCAGACUGCCAACGAGAGGGACGGGGCUAUGGCAUUGGCAGUUGGAUUGCUUGCGAAUGAGAGUUUCAGAACCGGUCAGUUUCAUCAUGUUAAGAAUCUGGGAUUCCCGUUGUAGAGAAUAAAGAUACAACGUGUCUUCCACUUGCAGCCAUGGUAUAUAUAUAGAAUAAGAAGAGUCUGUAUGGAUAGUGGUCAAUAGCGAACAGAUCAAA